AUGUCUAUGAAUUCCAGCUUUGUAGGAACACCUACAAAAAAGAAGAGCAAAAAAGGACAAAACAUUCCUCCUGAAGAUCCCGAAAGUAUAAAACUUUUCAAUGAAUUAACAAAGAAUUCAAAAAAGGCUGAUUCUAUACGUAUUGUGAGCCGCGUGAAUACAUUGUACUCUUCUCCUUUUGCUUCAGCAAGAUCACAGACAAAAAACACCAAUAGUGAUGCUUUUGUUGAUUUAAUUCCUAAAUUGUCAACUUGUGGUGAUUUUCUCAACAGCUGUAUCGAAAGAUUGGAGAAGGGAAUACCUCUUAGAGAGCUCGAAAUUAAACAAUUAUGUAUUCGAGCGCAGGACGUAUUAAUGAAUGAGAGCAAUAUUGUGAAAGUGACAUCUCCUGUUACUGUAGUCGGUGACAUUCAUGGCCAAUUUUGGGAUGUUAUUGAAAUGUUUAAGAUUGGAGGACCAAUACCAAAUACUAAUUAUUUAUUUUUAGGAGAUUAUGUGGAUCGAGGAAAACACAGUGUUCUUACGAUGAGCCUUUUAAUUUGCUACAAAUUGAAAUGGCCUCAAAGGAUUACGCUACUGAGAGGAAAUCAUGAAACACGAGGAAUAUCAAGAACUUAUGGAUUCUACAAGGAAUGUAUUGAAUAUUAUGGAAGUCCUAAUACUUGGAAAUAUUUUACUGAUCUUUUCGACUAUUUAACAGUUGCGGCUUUAAUUGACGAAAAGAUAUUUUGUGUACAUGGUGGACUAUCGCCUGCUAUUACUUCACUGGAUCAAAUACGAGUAUUAGAUAGAUUUGGAGAGCCUGGUAUGGAGGGACCACUCGUAGAUCUUCUUUGGUCAGAUCCAGAUCCAGAUAGAGAUGGCUUUGGAUCUAAUCAUUCUCGAGGAGCUGGUUAUUUAUUUGGAGGAGAUAUUGUGAAAAAGUUUCUACAUUUUAAUGGAGCCAUUCACAUGUGUCGAGCACAUCAACUGUGUGACGCUGGAUAUAGAUUGCUUUUUGACGACCAACUUAGUACGGUUUGGAGCGCACCAAAUUAUUGCUACAGGUGUGGAAACAAGGCAUCUGUUCUGGAAGUCGAUCAAGAGUUGAAUAUGUUUUUCAAUAUAUUUGAGGAUGCACCUGAGGAGGCAAGAGAAAACUGUGUAGAUAAAAGUUUACAUGGAAGCGUCAUGAAGAUGAUAAAACCCAAAAUGAGUGAUUUUCAAGCAAUGACAACAAUUAAUGGAAGUGACGAGGUGACAGGAUUUGAUAUUUCACAAUAUUUCCUUUAA